CAGUGGACAGACAUCGCCUUGAGAGUGGUAGUCGUCGAAGGUUGCCAAUGUACCGGAGGCUCAUGGUGGUGCAGAACGGAGUCAAUAACGUGACCGUAGUUCCCUUUCACUUUCACCACCAUGAACGAUACGCGCCAAUUUGGCGACCUUGCCACUCAACUCGUCACAGAGUCGCGUCGCUCGACGCAGACUGAUAACUUACUCAAGUACAACGACUCUCUUGUUCGCUCCAUCAUACGCGAGCAGCGCGACCUCGAAAAAGCUGCACAAGCGCUCGCUACUGGCGCCGAUCCCGACAAUUUGCCGCCUGCUCUGCUCAUCUACCAGACUGCGAUCAGCCGUAACAAGCGUUGUCUACUGGCAUAUCACACCCAUCGUCUUGAUCGUCUUAAAGACAUGUACUGGGCAGUGGGUGGGGCACUCCCCCACAUUCUAUCCAACCCCGAUAUCCGGGGCAAGCUUUCUCCUCAUGAAGUCGACUAUCUACGUCAAUAUAACGGCACAGUCAUGGAGUUUCGCGGUGAAUUUUCAUACGAGCUCGACAUCAUGGCCGGGAUCACAAAUCCGCCCAAAGAUCUUUUAGUCCUUGUGCAUGUCGUCAGGGACUGUGGGGUCAUCCAGACAGAGCAAGGCACCAUCGACUUUCAAAAGGGUCAACGAUUUAUGGUUCGGAGGGCAGACAUCGAGCAUCUUAUCGUUCAAGGCUAUUUGGAGGAAGUUUCAUAGCGUAAUACUCCGUUUCCCAUACCAUUACUCCAUCUCCAAAUUUUCCGAGUAUGUGACAUGUUUCUCACAUUUGUCGACCGAUGUUUAUUUAACCUGGCCGCAGAAUGUCAUGCUCCGUCUUCCUUAACGCGCCAAGCCCCACCUUGCUUCAUAUCCACCAUCGCCAUCUGAUCAUGCCUUUGGGGUAACCUGGAAUACUCAAUCUUCGUCUGGGCACCUUUACAUGAUGCAUCUCUGAUUGCUAUCUCGCAAAAAUAUCUACAUCAUGACACGCAUGUAGUCUGUCUGCGGAACCUGUUUCAGCCU